UUGACCAGCUUCAAGUUGGCCUUUCUAAGGACACGACAUGCAAAUAUGUCUUUACACUGCGGGAUCUUUGCGGCUUGACCGAGAAGAAAACAGAAACAUCCAUGUGGCUCUUUCCGACCGCCGGAGUCAACAAGGGAGAAGACAGGAGGACAAGGGGGGAACAGGGUGGAGGAGAAACAUUCAGGUUGCUACUGACGUUAGUGUCCAGUACUUGCUGCAAAGGCCAGUGUGGAGCAGACUCAGCAGAGUCUGGACCGAACCAAGCAUCCUCUCAGCCAGCCACAACUGUUGUCGUCCAAGACAACUUGCUCAUUUCCGAAACGUCCAGUCUCCGCUGCCUCUUCUGGGUUUGGAUUCAGCUAGCCAAAGUCGGCUCAUCUCCGCCAGAGUCCGGGACGCCUGCGGGGGGGUGUCACAGUUUCUGUAGCGGAACGCCAUGGCAGAAACAGCUUCCGUUCCUGCUCUGCAAACGUGGCCCCUGCUGUAAUCCUGGGAUUGAAGGAAGCCCCGCAGAAACAGACUUGCUUUGCGUGCACCGAUUGGCCGCUACGUGACAUCCUCUCUCACGCGAUUCGGCACAUCAGACCCAUACAGCUCAUACAGGUGUUCAUGGUACUUCUCAUCUACAGUGACGUCCAAUCUGGGCAGCAAUGCCGCGCAAUUCCGGCACGGCUUGCGGUACAGGUUGAAACCCGUAGCGUCGUGCAUGGCGUUGAGCGUGCUGCUGUCAAAUCUUCCUGGAUGCUACCCAAGACAAGAAGAGAUCAACAACU